AUGACUCUAUCGACAAUAUCAAAUAAUGAUGAUCUUCAAUCUGAAAUUCCUCCUAAAAGAUUCAAAAAUACAGAAACUGAAGAGGUUGAUCUUGAUUCUUUAGAGCGUGAUCCAGGAUUGCGUCGACAAAUUUGGGAAUAUCAUCCUAAUCAACGAGACGAGAUUCGUCGAGUUUAUUUGAAUCUGAAAGCAUAUCAACCUAUUUUUCAAGAAUAUCCAUUAAAUAAAAAUAUUAAGCACCCUCGAAGAUUUCAGUCAACUUGGUAUGAACAAUUUCCUUGGUUGGAGUAUUCACCCACUAAAGAUAAAGCAUAUUGCUUUCCAUGUUUUAUCUUCAACAAGCCUUCAGGAUGCUUAAAUCAAACUACAUUUACUGUUGAUGGAUUUGAUAAGUGGAAGAAAGUUCGAAAUGGAAAAGCUUGUGCUUUCCUAGGCCAUAUGGGAAAGGAUAAUGUAUCUUCACCCCAUCGUAAUGCUGAAAAGGCAUGUGAGGAUUUGAUGAACCAAACACAACAUAUAUCAAGGAGAUUUGAAAAUUUUAAUGAUGAACAAGUUGCAACUAAUCGUCUUCGAUUGAAGGCUCACAUACACGUGGUGUUAUUACUUGCACUUCAAGGAAUUCCGUUUAGAGGUCAUGAUGAGAAAUCUAGUUCAUCUAAUCGUGGCAAUUUUCUUAAAUUUUUGGAUGUGCUGACCAUGUACAAUGAUGAACUUUCAAAGGCAAUUGCGAAAGCUCCAAAAAAUGCCAAAUAUACAAGUCACGAUAUUCAGAAACAAAUACUUCAUGUGUUUUCGGUGAGAGUGAAAAAUACAAUUCGUGAAGAAAUUGGAGUUGCCAAGUAUUGCAUAAUUGUUGAUGAAGCCCGAGAUGAGUCAAAAAGAGAGCAAAUGUCUAUAGUAUUGAGGUUUGUGGAUAGUAAUGGAUUCAUUCAAGAACGUUUUUUUGGCUUUGUUCAUGUAUCUGAUACUGCGGCUUUAACUUUAAAGGAUGCUAUAUAUUCUGCUUUGGCUCACUACAAUUUGGAUGUUCAAAAUAUUAGAGGUCAAGGGUAUGAUGGUGCUAGUAAUAUGAGGGGCGAGUUUAAUGGAUUGCAAGCUUUGAUUAUAAAAGAUUGUAAAAGUGCUUAUUAUGUUCAUUGCUUUGCUCAUCGGUUACAAUUGGCUUUCGUUGUAGCAGCAAAAAAUGUGACACCUAUUCAUCAAUUUUUUGAUAGAUUAACUUUUAUAGUUAAUAUUGUUGGUUCUUCAUGUAAGCGUAAUGAUGAAUUGAAGAAUGCUCAUGCAGAUGACAUUGCAUAUUUGAUUGCUAUUAAUGAACUCGAGACAGGGCGUGGACUUAAUCAGAUAGGUACUUUACAACGAGCUGUUGAUACACGCUGGAGUUCUCAUUUGAGAUCAUUGAAAGGCCUAAUUAAGAUGUUUAGUGCAUCGUGUACGGUAUUGCUCAAGAUUAUGGAUGAUGGGCUUCCUUCUCAACGAGCAGAUGCAACAACUGUUUAUAAUGAAAUGACUUCCUUUGAUUUUGUAUUCAUCUUGCAUCUUAUGAAAGAGAUUAUGGGGAUCACAGAUAUUCUUUGUCAGACUUUACAAAGUAAGUCUCAGGAUAUUAUAAAUGCAAUGGAGCUUGUAUUAUCUACUAAGAAUUUACUUCAACAGAUGAGGGAUAACAAGUGGGAUGAUUUGUUUGUAAAAGUGAAAUCCUUUUGUGAACUUCGAAAUAUUGACAUUCAUGAUUUCAAUGCUCCAUAUAUUAAUAAACGAGGUCGAGGACGUGCUCAUCAAGACAAUUUUACCAUUGAGCAUCAUUAUCGAAUAGACCUCUUUUAUGCUUCGAUAGAUUCACAGUUGCAAGAAAUUAAUGGUCGCUUUAGUGAUGGUGCUAUGGAAUUGCUCACUUUUAGUAAUGCACUAAAUCCUCAAAAUGCAACGGAGUCUUUCAGAGUUGUGGAUAUAUGUAAAUUAGUUGAAAAGUUUUAUGCUCAGGAUUUUACCAGAGAUGAAAAAGAACAAUUGGAGAUGCAAUUGAAGCAUUACGAGUAUAACGUAGUCAAAGGGUCCGACUACAAAAAUCUUUCAACCAUUUCAGAAUUAUGUCAAUGGUUGGUAAAGACUAACAAGUCUGUUACAUACAACCUCAUUUUUAGAGUGAUCGUACUUGUGCUUACUCUUCCGGUUUCUACGGCUACUUCAGAACGAUCAUUUUCUGCGAUGAAUAUUGUGAAAACAAGGCUUCGAAGCAAAAUGGAGGAUGCUUUUCUCUCAGAUGCAUUAAUGGUAUAUAUUGAGAGAGAAAUUGCUAGAAGUGUGAACAUAGAAGCUAUCAUUGACGAUUUCGAAAAUUUAAAAGAACGUCGAAUUCCUUUUAGUUAG